AUGUCAGGAGGAGUAGACUCUAGCGUUUCGGCAUACCUAUUACAAAGGCAGGGAUUCACUGUCGAAGGUGUUUACAUGCGUAAUUGGGAUAUCGCCGAUGAGAAGGGAGAAUGCACCAGUGAUCAGGAUUGGCGAGACGUGCAAAUGGUCUGUGAUCAGCUAAGAAUACCAUGCAAACAGGUCGAUUUCACGAAAGAAUACUGGGUGCACGUAUUCGUAAAGAUGAUCGAAGAUUAUGAAAGCGGAGUAACUCCAAAUCCUGACAUCACGUGCAAUCGAAAGAUCAAGUUUGGAUGGUUCUUGGACAGAUGUUUCAGCUCUAUUUCCGAACGGGAUAAGGGUUUGACGUGGAUUGCGACAGGACAUUACGUCCAAAGUGAAACAACCGAUUCCGGAAGAACAAAAUUGCUGAGAGGCGCCGACCCUACCAAAGAUCAAAGUUACUUUCUGUCAACAGUUCAUGAAGAAAAAUUGAGAAAUGUAAUAUUCCCGGUGGGACAUCUGCCGAAAGCCGAAGUCAAAGAAAUAGCACGGAAAGCGAGACUUGUAGUUGCAAGCAAAAGAGAGAGCAUGGGAAUAUGUUUUGUGGGCAAAAAAAAAACUUUUUCCAAAUUUUUGGAACAAUAUCUCGUAAGCAAACCUGGCGAUGUCAAGACUCUCGAUGGUGUGGUUAUUGGUCAACAUAACGGUCAGUUUGCUUACACGAUCGGUCAACGCGCCAGAAUUCAUGACAAAUGCAAGGGGCUUGUCGCCAAGGAUUGGAUAUGGAGUUGGAGUGAGCCUCCCGAGGGAAUUGAAGAUGGUGUUGAAUUGUUGGGCCAAAUCAGAUAUCGGCAACACCCAGGCAUGUUACACUUUUUUGCUUUAAACUUAUCUGUACAAGUGGAGUCGCUAAACUUUCUUUUAUUGUGA